AUCAGCAUGGUUUAUUCAGAAAGCAUCCGCUGAGGAGUUACCCUUAACUCCAUUCAACGGCCAGCUCUGAAACAACAGGCUCCAACAUGGAGGCUUUCAUUUUCCUUCCCUUCCUAUUCUUAGCCAUAUUCUCAGUAUCUUCAGCCCAGCCACUGAAAACAAGUGUUUAUAAACUAGAAGAGAGUGGAGAACCUGCACUUAUUCUAGAAAGAAAAAAUGAAGCUGCCCAUCAAGGAGGUCAAAUAGAAUCUAAUAAGCAAAGAGGUAGCAACACACAUGGAAAACCAGGGACAUUUAGUCUACAAGGACAGCCAGGGCAUUCUAACCAGCCAAAGAAACCAGGGAAUUUUAAUCAGCAAGGGAGGACAGGAGUUUUCAAUCGGCCUGAGAGUUUGCAAGGGAAUUCAGGACAACGUAACCAAAAUGAGAAUCCAGAAGUUACUAACGAGCAAGGAAAACCAGGAUCUUCCAACCAGCAAGGGAAGCCAGGGUCAGCUAACCAGCAAGGGGGCCCAGGGUCAGCCGGCCAGCAAGGGGGCCCAGGGUCAGCCGGCCAGCAAGGGGGCCCAGGGUCAGCCGGCCAGCAAGGGGGCCCAGGGUCAGCCAGCCAGCAAGGGGGCCCAGGGUCAGCCGGCCAGCAAGGGAAGCCAGGAUCUUCUAGCCAGCAAGGGAAGCCAGGAUCUUCUGGCCAGCAAGGGAAGCCAGGAUCUUCUGGCCAGCAAGGGAAGCCAGGAUCUUCUGGCCAGCAAGGGAAGCCAGGAUCUUCUGGUCAGCAAAGGAAGCCAGGGUCACAUAGCCAAAAAGGAAAGCCAGGAUUAUCUAGCCAACAAGGGAAAUCAAGGUCUUUCUACAAUCAAGAAGAAAGAAAAAAUGGAGGCAACCCUUUGCAUGGCAAUAUAAUGGAGAUUCAGACUGGCAGUACUGGCAAUAAGAACCCGACUGGAAACACAAAAUGUCAAUCUGUCUACGAACCAGUCUGUGGUUCUGAUGGAAAAACCUAUGGUAACCGCUGCAUAUUUAACGAAGCAAAAAGACUUAAGAAAAUGUUAAAGGAGUCUGGGCCAGACCUACCUGCUGGUCUUGGAGAGUCUCUGGGCGAGGCAAGGGGCAGCUGGGGCUCACCCUGGGGACGUCGACACCGGCAGCAGCCAUUCCUGGGAGGUCCAGUGCUGGUGGGUGCCACUGUGGAACUCUCCAUUAGCUCAUUAGCGCCAGAACCUGGCCCACCCAACAGCCUGGAGGCACCAGUACUGGGACUCCUCAGGCCAAGCAACUAUCUGGAUGAGGCUACGUCCCCACCCACCAGCAUACAGGAAGCCUAA